UUGCGUUCCACAGAUCCAGCUUUGAGCGAUCCGUGUACUGGUAUGGAAUUGGUUGAGAAAGUGGACACUGCUACCUGGUUAGCAUGUUGGCUACGGCGUUGA